GUGCCCGGAACACCUCACCAGGGAGGCGUCCAGGAGGCAACCUGAUGCUCCUGAUGAUCCAGUAUGCUGAUACUAUAGAAAUCAAAAUAGUCACUUAAAUCACAGUCAACCUGUCCAUGGAGUUUGGGCCUGGACGAGCAACAGUGAUGACACAGGGAGCAGGCAUGGAUCAACAGGUCAGCAGACCGUUAUGGAGCAGGCAGAUAGAGUUCACGUUGGCCGGCAUUGGCUGUGCUGUGGGCCUGGGCAAUGUUUGGAGGUUCCCAUACCUCUGCUACAGGAGUGGAGGAGGUGCCUUUCUGGUGCCAUACCUGUUCAUGCUGGUGGUGUUGGGGAUCCCUCUGCUCUACAUGGAGCUGACUGUGGGGCAGUACACGAGGAGGGGGCCUGUCCAUGCCCUGGCUACUGUUUGCCCACUGUUAAAAGGAGUGGGCAUGGCUUCAGUGGCAAUCUCCUUUAUCAUGUGCACCUACUACAAUGUCGUCAUCACCUGGGCCUUGUAUUAUCUCUUCAGCUCUUUCCAGGCACCGCUGCCAUGGCAGAGCUGCAACAACACCUGGAACACACCAAACUGCACUAAUCACGCCACCAACAGCAGCUACUCCUCCACAGCUAGCCAAGAGUUCUUCAAGUAUAAGAUGCUGGGCCAGACAAAUGGAGUAGAGGAAGCAGGAAUGCUGCGGUGGGAGCUUUUCCUCAUCCUCAUCUUGGGUUGGAUAAUCAUUUACUUUUGCAUCUUUAAGGGUGUGAAAUCAACAGGCAAAGUGGUGUACUUCACUGCGCUGUUCCCAUACGUUGUUCUUAUUGCCCUGCUGAUUAAUAAUGUGCAGCUUCCUGGUGCAGUAGAUGGGAUAAUCUUCUUCAUCGUGCCAGAAUGGGACAAGCUCCUCUCGGUUGAGGUGUGGGUAAAUGCUGCAGCUCAAAUCUUCAACUCCAUCGGGAUUGGGUUUGGUUCCCUCCUGGCCAUGUCCAGCUACAACUCCUUCAACAACAAUGUUCUGAAGGACACACUGAGCAUAUCAAUUAUCAAUUCCCUCACCAGCAUCCUGGCAGGGUUUGUUAUUUUCUCUGCUUUUGGAUACAUGUCUUAUCUUCAGGGUAUUCCCAUCAGCCAACUGGCUGUGGAUGGUCCAGGAUUGGUUUUUAUUGUUUACCCACAAGCCUUUGCCAACAUGCCAGUAGCUCAGCUUUGGGCCGUGAUGUUCUUCUUUAUGCUGCUUUGCCUCGGACUGGACAGUGAGUUUGCAAUGGUUGAAGUGAUGGUGACCAGCCUCAUGGAUGAAUUCUAUCAAAAUCUGAUUAAUGUUUUCAAGCGGAAAGAACUAUUUGUUCUCGUUGUUUGUGGCGUAGCCCUCCUGUUAGGCAUCCCUUGUGUCAUGCAGGUGGGAAUCUAUGUGUUCCAGCUGAUGGACCAUUACACUGCCAUAGUGUCCAUCAUGUUUCUGGCAUUCUUUGAGAUCAUUGCCACCUGUUGGAGUUAUGGGGUGACACGACUUUCAGCCAACCUAAAAGAGAUGACGGGCAGAGGAGCAAACAUCUUUUUCAGAGUGUGCUGGUUAAUUGUUGAUCCUGUGCUCAUCACUGUCAUCCUGAUUUUCUCAAUCAUCCAGUUCAAACCAGCCCGCUAUGGGAAUUAUGUCUUCCCUGACUGGGCUCAGGGGAUUGGCUGGGUCAUCGCAUUGGCCUCCAUAAUUUGGAUACCUUUAGGUGCCAUUCACACACUGUGGGUGCUGCCUGGCUCAUUGAUGCAGAAACUGAAGCUGUCCAUCACUCCGUAUGCGCUGAAUGAAAAGCCAAAGCAGCCGUAUUACGAGAGGGGCGGGACAGACGGACAAUCAGGCAUCGCUGUUAUCAGCUCAAACAUGGGUCAACCUGAAAAACCUCCUCCUGAGACAAAGUUUUGAUACUGAAGUGUUUUGCACAUUUUGCCACUCACAGUAGCAAAUUACCUUUGAACUCAGGUUAAUCAAAAAGCAAUUUUAGAUGUCAAUCCUACGCACACUUCUGGUCAGAAAAUUAAACAGAAGUAUGUUACAAAAAUUAUUUACAGUAAUUGUAAAAAAUCUGUUGCACCAUAUCUGCCAUGCAGAUAACUUAAAACAUCUCUUUGUGAGUCUGUGGAUUUAAUUUUUGAGAUUUUGCAGUGCAUCUGCUCUCUUCCAUGUGCUUGUAUGACAUGUUUAGGAAAGACAACAGUUUAGAAUAGAUGCUUGAUGUGUGCCUUUUCCACAUUUGACUUCUUCCAUGCAUGGACUUUAUUUUGACUGGAGUGCCAUCUGUUGGUAGCAUGUGUUUAAUACCUGGGAUCAAGCAGUUUACUUCUAUUUAAUACAGCAUUUUUCCUAUUAAAAUAAUGUAAUGCUUUUAACAUUUACAGUCAGCACUGACAUAUUUCUGACUCACGCAUCUUAAUAACUGUAAAUGUAUCAAUGCUGACUCAUUUAGGUCAAAUGCAACAAGACACCACUGAUAAAGCUGGUAGAAGCUAGCAGGUAGAUGAGUAUGAAUGCCAUGUUAAGGUUUAAUAAUAACCUGUCAAAG